GCAGAUCGACAGAUUCAAGAUUCAGUUCACAUAAAUCUCUCACAAAUUUCUCGACCGCCCUCUCUCUGUGUAAAUUCUUUCAUUUCUCCUCUCCGGACUGUGAGAACAACAGAGGCAAUCAAGAUUUGCUUAGAAACUGUUACAAAAUCGAGGUCAUGAACGAAGAACAACGUGAUCUCCUUCUUAGCUCGUCUUCUCGCUUCCCUCCUCCUCAAGGAGUUAGGUUAUCUUAUGGAACGGCAGGUUUUAGGGAAGAUGCCUGGGUGCUUCUUUCGACAGUUUAUAGGGUGGGAAUUCUGGCUGCUUUGAGAGCUUUGAAAACUGGGGGUGUGAUCGGGUUGAUGAUCACGGCCUCUCACAAUAAGGUAUCUGACAAUGGGGUGAAAAUUGCUGACCCAAGUGGAGGGAUGCUCACCCAGGAGUGGGAGCCCUUUGCUGAGGCGCUCGCCAAUGUGUCUUCCUCGCAAGAGAUCGUUCGAUUAAUCAAUGACUUUGCGGAGAAGGAAAAUAUCAUAUUGAAUGGAGCAAAAUCUGCUAGAAUACUGGUGGCAAGAGAUACAAGGCCGAGUGGAGAAGAGCUACUCGAUGCUGCUAAACAUGGAAUUGGUUCAAUCAAUGGGGCUGUUGCUCAUGAUAUGGGAGUUUUGACAACGCCACAGUUACAUUGGAUGGUUCAUACCCAAAAUAAAGGCAUGAGGGCAUCAGAAUUUGAUUACUUUUAUUCACUUUCAGAAUCAUUCAGGGACUUGUAUUUGAACUCAAAUAAUGGUGAACUGAAUGAUUGGGAUAACCAGUUGGUUGUUGAUGGGGCUAACGGUGUCGGUGGACUGAAACUAAAACUAUUAAAGGAAAUGUUGAAAGGUGUGUCUAUUGAGAUUCGUAAUUCUGGAAAUGAAGAAGGGAUACUCAAUGAAGGAGUUGGUGCUGAUUAUGUUCAGAAAGAGAAGAUUGUUCCACGUGGCUUUGGUUCACAAGAUGUUGGGAUCAGGUGUGCUAGUUUUGAUGGCGAUGCUGAUCGGCUCAUAUAUUUUACCGUGCCAUCAAAAAGUAGCAAUAAGAUCAAUCUUGUCGAUGGGGACAAGAUAUUAUCUUUAUUUGCUAUAUUCAUCAAGGAACAAUUAACAAUUUUAGCAGGAAGGGACAAAGAUAAAAUCGAGUUUGAGCCCCGCCUUGGUGUUGUACAAACUGCUUAUGCAAAUGGAGCAUCAACUCGGUAUCUUAAAGAGUUGGGACUGGAAGUAGUGUUCACUCCAACAGGAGUAAAGUACCUGCAUGAGAAAGCUGCUGAGUAUGAUAUUGGGAUCUAUUUUGAAGCAAAUGGUCAUGGGACUAUCUUGUUCUCAGAUUACUUCGAUGGCCGGAUAUUUCCCAUUCAUAAUCAGCUCUACAGUGUAGCUAAAGAUUCGGAAGAGGAAAGUGCAGCCAGGAGAUUACUGGCAGUCAGUAAAUUAGUCAACCAAGCUGUGGGAGAUGCUCUGAGUGGCUUGCUUCUAGUCGAGGCUAUUCUACGGUACAAAAAUUGGUCGAUACAUAAAUGGAGUGAGCUUUAUCAGGACCUACCGAGUAGGCAACUCAAGGUGAAAGUUGUUGAUAGAACUGCGGUUGAAAUGACCAAUGCAGAAACUGAGGUUGUAAAGCCACCUGGUAUACAAGAAGCUAUCAAUUCCGAAAUAGCAAAAUAUCCUCAAGGCCGUUGUUUCAUAAGGCCAUCAGGAACCGAGGACGUUAUCCGUGUCUAUGCAGAAGCAUCCACACAGGAAGGAGCAGAUAACCUAGCAAGCUCAGUAGCGAAAGUAGUAGACCAAUUCCUCGGGGUUGGCAGCUCAAAACAAGCAGAUCAAUGAACGACCAUGAGACACAUGAUGAAAAUAAUGUUUCCAUGGAUGAAGCUCUGUUAGAGAUUCAUCCUAGUCGAUAUGAUCAGCUUCUAAUUGUUCGUUCUUAAAGUUUUUACAGAAUUUUGCAAUGUAAAGAUUACAUAAGCCGUUCAUUUAGUCUUUGUCAGUGAUUGCAUUCUCAAGAAGUGAACAUUGGAGUUGAACAGACAUUUCAAUAACAUUUGUUAGACUGUAAAAUAAUCUUUUGAAUGUUGAUGGAGAUUGUUGUUGGGCACUCUUUUAAAAAA